AUGUCCUCGUCAAAUAAUCAGACCGUGCGUGUCACUUACAUCUGGCUCUCCGGCAAAGAUUCACACCAUGAUAUUCGCAGCAAGGACCGAACGAUGUACUUGUCUCAGGAGAAUGUUGCAAAGCACCCGAAGGAGCUGCUUGCCAAUGGCGUUUUCCCGGUCUGGAAUUUCGACGGCUCUUCCACUGGUCAGGCGAAGGGGCUAGACACUGAAAUUCUGCUGAAGCCUGUUAAUGCGUUUCCGUGCUGCCUCCCAAGGACUUCGUCAAAGAUUCCGUGGAUCUUGGUGCUCGCCGAGUGCUACCUUCCUAGCGGCAAGCCGACAAGGGACAAUUCUCGCGCCACAGCUCGCGAAACAUUCGAGCAGUGCCCCGAGGAACAUCCGUGGUUUGGCCUGGAGCAGGAAUACUUCAUCAUGGGAUGUGAUGGGCGCCCUUAUGGAUGGCCUGCUCACGGAUUUCCCGCCCCGAAGGGGGCGUAUUACUGCAGCACCGGGUCAAAGUCAGCGUGGGGUCGCAAGUUCUGCGACCAACACUACGAGGUGUGCCUCGAGAUGGGGCUGAAUAUAUCAGGGACGAAUGCGGAGGUGACUCCUGGACAGUGGGAGUUCCAGGUAGGCCCGUGCGAAGGCCUCGAGAUGGGAGAUCAGCUGACUGUUGCGCGCUGGGUGCUUUUGCGUCUUCUGGAAGAGGAGGGUCUGGAUGCGGACUAUCACGCAAAACCGAUUCAGGGUGACUGGAAUGGAAGCGGCCUGCAUACAAACUUCUCGACUGAAUCGACCCGCGCUGAAAACGGCCUCGAGGUUAUUCAUCAGUAUAUCGACCGCCUCAGCAAGACUGUUAGCAAAGAUAUUAUAUUUUAUGGAUCCGAGAACAACAAGCGGCUUACGGGCACGCACGAGACAUCGAAGGUAUCAGAGUUCAGCGCUGGGGUGGGUACCCGCUGUACCUCGAUUCGCAUCCCCAACGCGGUCGCCAGUGAGGGGAAGGGAUAUAUGGAGGAUCGCCGGCCUGCCGGUGAUGCCGACCCGUACUUGGUGACCUCGCGUCUUUUUGCCUCGUGCAUCGGUUUGGAGACACCGUCUCUCGAUCUGGCGUCUCCGACACACGAGAGGGAUUGGAUGCGCAAUGCCUUCAAGUAA